AAAUAGGAUAUCCAUCAUCAGCAACAACUAGUUUCUCUACCUCUGGUUUCAAUUCAAGUCUCACACUCUUCUUCUUCUUUCUGCUAAUGCUUCAUUCUUCACUCUCUCUCUCCUCUCCCUUCUUCUUCUUCUUCUUCAUCAUCCAUGGAUGUUAACAAACUCUUCAGCAACCAACGUUCUCUCAGAUUAAUUUCUCCUCUAUUUGUUUCUUCUUCCCGUACAAGUUUCCUUGGUUGCAACCACAGUCUCAAACCACCUACAUCUUCAUCUUCAUCUUCAGCUUCAUCACUUCGUUCUCCAAAUAAACGGAACAAGUUAGGACUUCUUCGUCUUCAUUCUCCGCGGUUUGUAUUCAAAGCUGCUUUAAACUCUCAACUUAUUGUUGUUGUUGUCGUUGUUACUUUAUCUGCUGUUUCUUGGAUUCAUUUCACUCUUAACAAUAAGAAAAAGAAGAAUCUCAACCAGGGACAUGCAAAAUAUGCCUUAUCACCACAAGGAAGUAAUGUUGCGAACCAGGUCAUUGAUAACCAGAUUCUUGGUUUUCCAGAAUUUCAAAGGGAUAACACACUGAAUGAAAUUGGGAAGUUAAAUGAUCUUAACGGAAAGGACAACCAUGUUUUUGAGGACCAAGAGGUCCACCUUCAAUUUUUGCAAUCUUCUAUGGUGCAGGAAACAGCCAUGAAGACUCGGACAUUAGAUUCAUCAUCAUCUGUUCUUGACUCUAGUGUCAAUGGUAACUCUGUUCUUGACUCUAGUGUUAAUGGUAACAGUUCCUUUAGUGUCAAUGGUAACAGUUCUGAGGUAUUAGAGGAGCCUUUUUUGUCUGUGACUUUCCAAUCAAAUUCAUUGGCAUCUAUAGCUUUUGCUGAGGAAAUGACUUUACAAGUGGAAGAAAGUCAAGAUGUUGCUGACUCUGCUCUUGAGUUGCCUUUGAGUGAGGUCAAACCUGAGCAUAACACUUCUUCUGUUGGUUUAGACAAAGCACUUGACACAAUCAAUGGCCAUACUAAAGAAAAAAUUGAUCUUCAUGCCAUCAAAAGCAAUGUCAUCUUUGGUGAAUCUGUUAGGGAAGGGCUGUACAUGUUUUAUGAUGACAAUAAUUUGGCAUCUGAAUCCAUGACACCCCUGAGUAGUAUCAAGUCAUUAUCUCCCAGUACUUCUUUUGUGAAUAGCACAGAACUGUCAUCAGCUAUAAGAAAUAUCAGCCUGGAUGGAUUAGGAUUAUCUGCAGAUAUUUCUCUACAAAAUGCAGAGUACGUUGAAGGAGCAGCUAAAAUUUCCAGUCCCAAGGAAGGCUAUCCUCCACAACAUACAAGUAAAAAAUUGAGGAAAUCCAGCAGAUAUGUGAGAGACAUGGAAAGGAACUAUAUGGAUCACAAUAAUAACAAUGUUUUGCCCCAGAGUUCCCACGUCAGGGUGCAUGUUGAUCAGAGAAAUGAUCAAAUCAGGGUCCACGAUGGUCUGAAAGUUGAUCCUUCAAAGCAUCUAAGCAAGUAUAAUAACUUGCUAAAAGCUGGGAGGUUAUGUGAAUGUGUAGAAUUGCUUAAAGAUAUGGAAAUGAAGGGUUUACUAGAUAUGACAAAGGUUUAUCAUGCCAAGUUUUUCAACAUCUGCAAGAAACAAAAAGCCGUAAAUGAAGCCUUUGACUAUGUUAGGCUUAUUCCAAAUCCAACAUUGAGUACAUUUAAUAUGCUUAUGUCAGUGUGUGCAAGCUCCCAAGACUCAGAAGGGGCUUUCCAAGUUAUUCAGCUUCUUAAGGAUGCUCGACUAGAUCCUGAUUGCAAACUUUAUACCACUCUAAUAUCAACUUGUGGCAAGUGUGGGAAAGUUGAUCUAAUGUUUGAAGUGUUUCACAAGAUGGUUAAUUCUGGAGUGGAACCUAACGUUCAUACCUACGGGGCACUUAUUGAUGGUUGUGCUAGAGCUGGUCAAGUAGCUAAAGCAUUUGGUGCUUAUGGGAUAAUGAGGUCAAAGAAUGUGAAGGCAGAUCGUGUUGUUUUCAAUGCACUUAUAGCUGCAUGUGCACAGUCUGGAGCAAUGGCUCGUGCCUUUGAUGUGAUAGCAGAAAUGGAAGCUGAAAUACAGCCUAUUGUGCCAGACCACGUAACUUUUGGCACAUUGAUGAAGGCAUGUGCAAAGGCUGGUCAGGUUGAACGAGCACGUGAAGUGUAUAAGAUGAUACAGCAAUAUAAUAUAAAGGGAUCUUCAGAAGUUUACACAAUUGCAAUUAAUUCUUGUAGUCAAACUGGAGAUUGGGAAUUUGCACGUAGUGUAUACGAUGACAUGACCCAGAAAGGGGUGCUCCCUGAUGAGAUGUUUAUGAGUGCACUAAUAGAUGUUGCUGGACAUGCUAAAAAGCUGGAGGCUGCCUUUGAUAUACUACAACAAGCUCGGAAAGAAGGAGUACAGAUUGGAAUAAUGACAUAUAGCUCAUUGAUGGGCGCCUGUAGCAAGGCAAAAAAUUGGCAGAGAGCAUUGGAGCUAUACGAAUAUCUUAAAUCUCUUAAGUUGGUACAAACAGUUUCAACUGUUAAUGCUUUGCUCACUGCACUUUGUGAUGGGGAUCAAUUUCAGAAGGCUUUGGAGGUUUUAUCUGAAAUGAAAGGAUUAGGAUUGUGCCCAAACAGUAUCACAUUCUCAAUACUUAUAGUGGCAAGUGAGAAGAAGGAUGAUAUGGAAGCUGCUCAAAUGCUCCUUUCUCAAGCCAAAAAGGAUGGUGCAGCACCUACUCUCAUCAUGUGUCGAUGCAUAAUUGGAAUGUGCCUGCGAAGAUUUGAGAAGGCUUGUCUUGUUGGUGAAACUGUUUUAUCUUUUGACUCAGGGCGGCCACAAGUUAAUAAUGAAUGGACAUCACUGGCUUUAAUGGUGUAUCGCGAAACAAUAGGAGCUGGUGAAAAGCCUACAAGUCAAAUAUUGUCACAAGUUCUGGGAUGCUUGAAAUUCCCUUAUGAUACAUAUGUGAGAAAUAGACUUGUUGAGAACCUGGGAGUAACUGCUGAAAGCUCAAAAACUUCAAACCUCUGUUCGUUGAUAGAUGGGUUUGGCGAAUAUGAUCCUCGCGCUUUUUCAAUACUUGAGGAAGCUGCUUCAUAUGGAGUUGUUCCAUCUGUAUCACUUAAAAUGAAUCCAAUUGUUAUCGAUGCUAAAGAGUUGGAUGCUUUUACUGCUGAGGUAUACCUCUUAACUAUUUUGAAAGGUCUCAAGCAUCGACUAGCAGCAGGUGCAAAACUACCCAAUAUAAUCAUUUUACUGCCUGUAGAAGAAACAAAACUUUUGUCUCCGGAAGGGGAAAAGACUAUUAUACUUGCAGAAAGAGGUGGCCAAGCAGUUGCAGCGUUGUUUAGAAGGCUUCAUAUUCCUUACCAGGGUAGUGAAUCAAAUGGGAAACUUAGAAUAAACAGUCUGGGCUUGAUAAAAUGGUAUCAGCCAAAGCUUGCAUCUCCAUUCGGCGGUUUCCAAGGUGAUUGGAGCUCAACCCAAUUACGACUCGGCAAAAAUAUUAGCAAUCAGCAACGAAACAUUCGAACUGGAAAUCUAUCUCUGGACUAAGUGUACAUGCAUCGAUUACCAUCAUUAAUGUUUUUUCAAUAGAAGUUGAAAUCUCCUUCAUCCUAAUGGUAUAGUAGAAGAGUAAUCUAGACCCAAGAAAGCUGUAGAUAAUGCCUUCUUGAGUGCUGGGGCCAUUGAAUGCUAAGAGCAGGGAAAGUGUAGAACAUCUCCACGAGUACAUUUUGAUGAAAAAACCAUGGUUGAAUAUAAGAUGGCACAGAUCUUGUUCUUGUGAUCACCGAUGUGGCCUUUGCAACGCGGAUUAUAUAAAUGUUUGAUAAUAGAGAUGCUGAUAUUGGAUGUGUGUAUUUCUACAUGUACUUUUUUGCCAAGAACUCUCUAGGUGUAUACUAAAAAGUAGGUAUAUAAAGAAAAUAUGUACAUCGGUCUAUCAGAUGAUUUUGUUGUUGAUAUUUGUAAGUUCUUCCACCAUAUCAGACAAUUUGAGAAUAAUUUGUUCGUUUACACGUAUGAACUAUUGUCAUGUCA